AUGGGUCAUUUUUCAAAGUGCAGUCUUCUUCUUCUCCUCAGUCAUCAGAGUCUCAUCUCAUCUUCCAUCUCACUCUUCUUCUUCUUCUCACCCAAACCACCGUGCCCGAUCUUCCCGGCGACAGAGAAAAAUGCAGCAUUUCGUGGAUUCGGGUGGCUUCGCCGACCCAAGCUCCGCCGCCGCUAACGCCAAUUUGGAUCGCGUCCUCUUCAACGACCUCGUCGAAAUUGUCCCUCUCGUUCAAUCCCUCAUCGAUCAGGAUCGUAAAGCAAGCCGUUCAUUCACUCGGCGUGGUUCCAUGGUUUACACCAAGACACCAACUAGAGAAGCUUUGUUUAAAAGAGCAACAGAUUCAAAAAGCAGGAAUACUUCUCAAUCUAUUCCUGCCAAAAAGAAAAGGGACCCUGAAGAUAAAGAACAAGGAAAAAAUGGCUGCAAUAGUUCUGAUGCGGAUAGCUUUUCUAUGCUUUCUUCUAGAGCUUUGACUUCAGAAAAGGACAGAGAAGAGUUAGCUAUAUUGAAGGAGCAGGUAGAGGUACUUCAGAAACAAUUAUGGGAAAAAGGUGAACUUUUAAAGUCGGCAGAAAACUCAAGAGACCAGAUGAAUGCUUUUAAUGCAAAACUUGAUGAGCUUAAACACCAGGUUUCAGAAAAGGACUCUUUACUGAAGUAUACACAACAACAGCUCUCUGAUGCUAAGAUUAAGCUUGCAGAUAAACAAGCUGCAUUUGAAAAGAUACAAUGGGAAACAAUGACAUCCAACAAGAAAGUGGAGAAACUCCAAGGCGAGCUAGAUUCCAUUCAAGCAGAUAUUUCAACAUUCACGUUGUUGCUUGAAAGCUUGACAAAAACUGAUACUGUGAAAUACACUGAUGAUUAUGACACCAAGCCUUAUGAUUUCAAUCAGCGGGCUGAUAUUGAUGAUUUGGAUGAGAUAGAAUUGCAGAAAAUGGAAGAAGCAAGAAAGGCUUAUAUUUCUGCGGUUGCUGUUGUCAAGGAAAAACGAGAUGAAGAAUCUAUUGCUGCUGCUGCCAGUGCUAGGUUACACCUUCAAUCAUUCAUUUUCAAAUCCAAAAGUUGUAACCUGUGAUUUCAAUGGUUUUAUUCAACUUGUUUACACGGUAGGUUCUUUAGUCCCAAAUUGUAAAGCACUUAUCCUGUGUGGGAGAGAGAUUUAUUUGUGGUUUGCCAUUUCACAUAAUAAAGCUUGUUCAAUGAGGUCUGUUAUGCUUGUAUGUGUCUGUGUAUGCCACCUUUGGUCCCCAAGUUAUCUUCUGGUUCAUAUAGAAUAGUCACAAUAUGAAUCUUGUGUUAUUUAUUAUGGGGUCAUGGAUAUUUGUGCUUCUAUGUUUUGUAUAAAUUCUAAUGAAAAGUUGAAAACCUGUUCUGUA